AUGAAGAGCAUUCUCGCCAUCGCUGUGAAUGCCGCCAUCGUGGCCGGCAUGGUCGUCCUGGAGCCACGCCAGUACCAGCAGCGACCCCUGGCACCAGGCAAGACGAUCGAUGGACUGGCUCGUCCGUGUAUUGCGCCUGGCGUCGUGUGUGUCAACCAACAUGCAGCCAACCUGCCGUAUCCCUUCUGGCGUGAGUCGCCUAACGGCACCUUUGCCAACAAUCUUGCCGACAUUGAGAUCGGAGGGGUGGAAUCCACUUCCUGGACGCAGGUGGCCUCGGCUAACUUUUUGGUCUUUGAUGAGACUCGCGGUCGUCAAUUGCUGGGAGAGACGCCCAGUGUGGACUUUAUCUUCGCCGUAAGUCCAUGGGCGUUGCACGAAUCGCCCACCUUUGUCCCGGGACUGAACAAGAUCUUCUUCUCGGAACUGUCACCCAUCCUGGAGCAAUUCGUCAUCGAUCUGAAUGCCGAGCCAUACACGCUGUCUCAGUUCAAGGCAAAUCCUCCUAUCUAUGUGCCCAACGGCGGCUUCUACCACGACGGACUGAUCUACUACUCCGUCGCCGGCAGCAAUGCCACCAGCCAACGUCCAGGCAUUAUCACGUUCGAUCCUUGGACCAACCGCACCUCCACCCUGCUGAACAACUACUACGGACUCACCUUCACCGAUUGCGACGAUGUCAUUGUGGACCCCGUCACCGGGUUCGUCUGGUUCACCGUGCCCUACUACUCCUGGUGGCUGCAGGUCGCAGACACCGCACCGCAGCUCAAAUCCGCCACAUAUCGCUUCGAUCCCGUCACAGGCUCUACAGUUGUGGUGAAUGAUGAGAUGCGCUCACCCAACGGCAUCGCCAUGAGCCCCGAUAGGAGACACAUCUACAUCACCGACACAGAAGCGGCGGGUCAAUCAGCGCCCAUCUCACUCGAUAUGCCCAGCCCGGGAGUGUCAGGCCUGCUGUUCAACACGACCGGCAAGCGCACCGUGUACAAGUUUGAUCUCACCGAUCAUGGCCGCGCCAUUACCAACAAACGGCCCAUUCACUACGAUGCUAUCGGCACCGUGCCGGAUGGACUCAAGGUCGCUCGUAAUGGGUGGGUGGUUACUGCUACUGGGAAUGGAUUGAGCGUAAUGGAUGAGUAUGGUGACCUGAUUGCCAGGGUGCAAACGAAUUUUACGGUCAACAAUUUUGUUUGGUCAGAUCAGGAUGAUUAUCGUGAAGUGUGGAUGGUUGGCCAGGGGGGUGUUGGUCGUGUGCGAUGGGAUUUGCAGGGUCAGAAGGCUGCCUGAUCUGGAAGCUACAUAGUCAAGACUUGUUUUUCGCGAAAAUGGAAC